UGGUGAUUGUACACAUCACGUCGUCUGCGUUUAUUGUGGAUCAAAUUGGGAUUUUUCUUUCUGGAUUGGAAACUGGUGGUAGGGAACCGGAGAUGGACGGUAUUUCAUCCUUUGUUUAACUGGACUGAUUCAAGCACAGAUUGUUUAUCUUGUUUGAGAGCUGCUGUCUGGAGUCUGUAUACUGCUCCUUUGUGAGUGGAGAGAAACUGGCUGUUCCCCAAAGCUCACGUAGAAGAGCUGUUCCUGGCUGUCUUGCGAUAGCUGAAACGGGACAGAAGAGACACGUCAUGCCGUUCGCGAAGGCCAAAGGGUCCGGCGAACGACCCACUGGUCAAUCCAGGGCAUCUUUCUGGCAGCAGUCUCGUGCAAUAUGCAAGUUGCAAUCGCCUUUCCGUUUCCUUCAUUCGAUUAUGUUGACAUCAUCACACAUGAAAAAUGGCCAAUCAGAACGCAGGAACUUUCCCACUCGCCGAAGAGCUUAUCAGUUCGUAGUUAUCUGCGGUUGGUGUCAGCUGAGCUUGGUGUGGUAGAGGACCCGAUUAGUGCGACUACAGUUAUAAUUGUACUGUGAACCGAGUGGUAAUUAUUAGACAGGGAUAUGUUGGUUGAAAGAUCUAAAUUAUGUUACACGACAAUCAGAUAGUUGUGUUGACUAUUUCUACAAAAUUUCAAAGGUCGAAAUAAUAUUUCCGGUUCGGUAUGUUAACUGAUUAACGUACUGAUUAAUCAAAAUCACAUAGCCAGCAUUUGGUUGGUCUUGUUGGCUCCGUAAUGCCAGUUGCUUAAGCCUCGUUCACGCUGGUCAACUUGUUUGAAAACGAAAAUUUGAACGGACUUGCAUCGCGUGAACUGUGUUUCAAGAAUACGUUUCAAGUGUACUGGAAGUUAUUGUUUAAAGUUUCAAGUUGAAACAGAAAUGGCGUCGCCUGAUGGUCGCAACCUCAUAAACCUGUUAGAAUGCCCUUCGUGUCACCAGACGAUGGCACUCCCUAUUUUCUUGUGCGAAGCAGGCCACAAUGUUUGCUACAGGUGUAGAGGCCAGAGGACGAAUUGUCCAUCUUGUUACAAUACCAUCACUCAAACCAGAAAUCAUCUGGCCGAACGUUUCGCUGAGAAGUUGCCGUACUCUUGCACGAAUCAGAAUUUGGGUUGCGAAGAGAAAUUCUUGCUGCGAGAUCUGCCGUCACACGAGGCAGCGUGUCCUUUCCGAUUGUACUACUGCGUUCCUUGCAGACCCCGCUGCAGAUGGAGAGGUCGUCGAUUUCAGGUUCUGGAACACAUGAAAGAUGAGCACAAGGAACUGGUGUGGGUGAAGGCAUAUAACAGCCUCGUGUACGAGAAUUUUGAUCACAAAACAGACUACACAUGCACCCACAUCUUGUCAUCAUACAGAGAAAUCUUCUGGUGUCACUCCAAACGUGAUGCCAAGCAAGGGAAGUUGUUUGAGUUGGUACAGUAUGUGGGACAAAAGGAGAAAGCUGCAAAGUUUGAAUAUGAAUUUGAGUUUUAUGCCAAAGGAAACAGCAGAAGAGCUAUAUUCAGGAAUACAGUGCACAGUGAAGAUGAUGAUGUUGAAAAGAUUUAUGAAUCAGGAGAUUGCUUAAUAUUGGAUCUUAGUGUGCUUAAAUACUUUGUAACUGAGAAGAAGCAGUUGUUUUACAAUUUUACAGUAGAAAGAGUUUGGUAUAACUGAAUUUUGUUGUUAAGAAUGUUUUUAGUUUAGUUUGGUUUAGUUCAUUCUUCUCGCAGACAUGGGAAUUCAGUUUUGGAUAUGUACAAUAAUGGAUUGUUCCUGACAGACUGAGACGAGCAUGGCAAAUAUCAAGAGUAAGCUAGAUCAUAUUAUAUUGCACAUUAAAGUCCUUUUGUAUGAAUCAGAUGUACAUAUUAGCUUUUUCAUGUCAGUCCAGUUUUUGAGUGCACAAAUCAAAUGUUCUCCCUAAAUGUAUUAAUUAUACUUUUAACUGAAUGGGUUAUGUAAUGUCAAACUGCAAGUGUUGCGAUAAGGAAGAUGCGCUGUAUCUUACUUUGAGAUAUCCACAAAUGUGUAUAAACAAACCAAUAAAAACCACAAAAUCCUCUGGUAUCUGAGACAAAACUUUAAACAGGGACAGUCUAAGAUUAAAUUGGAGUUCCAAAUGCUCAACUACAAUAUGUAGUUCAAAAUGUACUCCUAAACAAUAUUUUAUGCUAGGAAUUAGAGAAAGAAAUGUAACAAAUAAUGAAGUCAUCUCACGCAAUCAGAAGUUGUUGUUUAUGAUCAAAGGAUGGAUUAGUAAUUUACAAAUUUCCCCAAAAUAGGCAUAUUCUGGUGGAAAGUAGUCAUUGAACAUUUGAGAUAGUGUUUCCAAUUUUGUGUAAAGAAGGGUUAUAAUGCUUCUUAAACUCAAGUCUAAUGAGUUUGUGAAGUCAGAGAAAGAAUGGAACAUUUCACAGUUAUUCUCUUGUGUGUACUUUAACCAAAAUUUUAAAGUCUUCUUGCAGGCAGCAGUUUCAUUAUAGAAAUUGAAGACUGUUGUAAUAUUUCCUUGGAGACUGAAAUUUAAUUCAGGUGAAAAUACAUCUGAUAAAAAUGCAAGCUUUACAGCACAUUCUUAGCCAUAGAAAUAUUCAUCCAAAUUUUAUUCCUUUGGUUUAAAAAUAUUUCGACUUUGUGUCAUAACUUAAUCUUUUCAAAACUCAGCCCUCUCAACAACCAAUGCACUUCAGCAUGACACAGUGAGUUUGAAUGCCCACACAGCAUUACAAACAUUUGUGAAUUCAGUGCAUUCUUCUUAAUAAAACUGACAAUUGUACAGGCUAUGUAGUAACUUCAUUUAAACAUGGGGACAACUCUUUUGUUGCUAAAUGUUUGCAAUGAAUAAAGCAAUGUAUGUCAUUCUGUGUAUGGCAACGUCCUUAAUCUUCGUUCAUAUACCAGAAAAGCUCGGUAAUCAUGCUUGCUACUUCAUCUGUAUACACUCCAACACAGUAUUUCCAAAUCACAGAUUUAAUGAAAAUAUAUUUGUUUAUUAGCUUCAAUAUUUCAACACAGGCUAUUUGAGAAGGCAUUUCAAUGCAACAGAACAAUUAUUUUUUUCAUAUUUUUACAAUCAUUAUCAAUAACACAAAUAUAACAUAACAGUUAAAAUUUAUUUGAAAUACUAGUUCAUGCAUCCAUCUGAAUAGCUAACCAUUCUGUCCUUAUUACGUUUUGAAUUAGCUGAUAAUCAGUAAGUGAUAAUUCUUCAUCUGUUCUGCAUGCAAUAAAAUAAUUAGAAAGAG